CUGAAAGGACCACCCAUCAUGAACGACCAACAACACGAUCUUUCCUAUCCGGAUCCUGCCUCUGCCUACCACCUGACACCAUACCCUGAGAUUUCACACCAGACGGAUCCCUACAGCUAUGCCUACGCUCCUCCGCAAGAGGAUUUCUAUCCUCCUAUGCCUCAACCUCUUAUGCACGAAGGUUUUAUGCCGCGCGGUCCACAGCCUCUGAUGCACGAAGGAUUCAUGCCUAGACAUGACAUGGACGUGGACUCUGACGUUGAUGAAGAUCCAAGUGCUGGUUAUGGUGCUCUGCAAGCCCAAUACGGUCUGAACUUCGUCUUGAACCCCCAGAACAAUCAGUUUGGCCCCGAAGAUGAUAUUGUCUACGAAGACGAGUUUGAAGAACAAGAUCCCCAACUUCAGCGUAGCCGGCUAGACAGCGUCGACCGCGAACUCUUGGAUGUUAGAGACAAUCCUCGCAUAGACCCCGACUUUGCCAUGUCUGACGCAGGUGGCAGCUCUGAUGACAUGUCCAUUAACUCUGACCUCUUGAACGAUAUUCUCGAUGAAGAAAUUGCUGCUGGAUCGCGUGGUCGUGGCAAGGGCCGUGGCCGAGGACGCGGACGAGGUACUGGACGAGGACGACGUGGUUGGAAGUGGGCCAUCAAAGGUACGGAGCACGAUCCCAAGGUGGCUGCAAGAGGUCGUGGCCGAGGUCGAGGUAGAGGAAACGGUGUUCCACGUGGAGAAGGCCGCCGGAAGAACGGUGACAAGAGAAACACUGUUGCAGAGCCUGAUCCAGAGUUCAAGAGGCUGCAGUCACUCGCCACCCAAGCCUUCUUGAACAACAAUUACCAGGCCGCUGCUGACUACGCGCGUGAUGCCGUCAAGGCCAAUCCUGAGAUUUUCGCUGCUCACAGUUUGCUGUCCGAGAUUCUUUUGGCGCAAGGAAAGGACCAAGACUCGCUGACUGUACUAUUGCACGGUGCUCACACAAGACGUGAUCCAGCUCUGUGGUGGACUGUUGCAGAACGAACACUGGAGUUGGCAGGAGAUGACCGCACUCCUUCUGUCCUUGAACAAGCCAUUUAUUGUUUCGCAUGGGCGAUCAAGCUUGAUCCUGAUGAUUACGACGCUCGUCGCGAAAAGCUGAACCUACUCCUCGAAUCCGACCAACCGGCAAGAGCGAGAGGAGAAGCCAAGAUGAUGGUCCGCCAGAAGCCACACGACCUCAACAUCCUCAAACAAUACGCAGAUCUGUGUGCUUACUCGGCGAGUACGCCAGAGAUCCAGCGUGCGAAGGAUGCUUACGAUGUCGCAAUCAACUUCUACUUCAAGGGCCGAUCCCUCGGCGUCCCUGAAACGCAAUGGUCUCAUCUCAACGUCUAUCUCGAUCUCGUCGAAAAGUGCGAGAAUCCCACACAAGCGGCAUUCCAUCUCAGAAAACUCUCGAGAUGGUUGCUUGGGAGGAAAGAAGACACUUUCUGGGACGAAGUGACAGGAGACGACAGAGAGUUUGACAACGACGACGUUCCUCGACGAAUUCAGAUUUCGGAAUUCAAGUACAGCCGAUACACAAACAAGAAGGAGAUGUACGGUGAAGGUUUGCCCUUGGAGCUGCGUGUCAAACUCGGUCUCUUCCGUGUCAAAAUCAGUAGAGCUGAUCUUCCCGAGGCCAUGCGCCACUUCCAGCAGCUCCUUGACCUCAAAGACGAAGUUGCUGAUUACUUUGAUCUGUUCAGAGACGUUGCCGAGGCUCUGAUUGAGCAGACCUAUUACGCAGAGGCCAUUCUCUUCUACGAGCCCAUAAGAUCAGUGCCCGAAGCAUGUGAUCAUGACUACUACAUGAAGCUUGCAGAUUGCUAUAUGACCUUCAAUCGCAACGCAGACGCAGAGUCUUGCUGGAAGUUUAUCGUUGACAAUGAUCCAGAGGACAUCAAGUCGCGUAUCGCGUUGGCCAAACUGUACGAGGCUGAGCAGAGAAUGGCAGAGGCUGUUCCACUGGUACACGAGGUUAUUAGACUGGGCCGAAGUGAUGCAGUGAAGAAAGCCAAGAUCACUGUGGACAAGCCUCCUCCACCGCGUGUGUCUCAAACCUACGAACGUCUUCAACAGCAAGAUCAGCGUAUCAAAGCCAACCACGUUCUUGUCAACUCGGCCAGAGAAUCCUUGGACGAAGACGAGGAUGCCCUGCAGACCUACUUUGAAGCCGCGCAAGAGAUGAUCGACGACUUCAAGACCGUCCGCGCCUUCUACCCCGGCCGCGACAAACACAUCAAGUUUACCGGCUAUGGCCGCAACACCAAAAAUCCUGUGGUUGCCGAAAUGGAAGCCAUGAAGAAGCGAAUCGCAGAAGAUGGCAUGGACGUUGACGAAGAGGUCCCUGACGAAAGCAUCCCUGACAAUUUCCACGACAUCAAAUUCACAGAGUGGCUAGAUAUGUUCUGCGAAUAUGCUUUGCUGCUCGCCAAAGCCGCUGACAGAGAAAAGUGCUAUGAGGUGCUUACAGGCGCAUUUAGCUGUACAGUAUUCUACCACAGUCUCCAGCACAAGACACAGAUACACGCGACUUGGAUGGCAUGCGCCCUUCUCCUCAACGACGAACAAAAAGUCUGCGAGGUAGGUCGCUUCUUCAUCAUCGAAUGGCCUCACAGCGGCGCCGCCUACCAACUCUUCGCCGCCGUAAACCGCCUCUUCGCUGGCUACAGUAACUGGUUCAACAGCGGGCCCACCCAAAAAUUCAUCCUCCGUCAAGUGAAAGCCCUCGAUUACGCACUUUUGGACCCAGAAUCCCGCGCCCUCUACGCCUUUACCGGCCAAGAACGCAGUUCCUACACCCACGCCGGCAAACGCGAUGCAAACCCUUACUCUUUGCCUGACCUCGACGCCGGCGUCAUCUCCCUCUACGGCCACAUAAUGGCAGCAGCACAAUCCUGGACGUCGGCACUAAACUACUACUUCCGCGUGCUUACCCUGGAUCCGGAUAACAUUGCCAUCAAUCUGUGCUUGGCUACUGCAUACAUGCAAAUGGCGAUGAAACGGCAAGCAGAGAACCGUCACUGGCAAAUCUAUCAGGGAUUGGCGUUUUUGGAGAAAUAUGUGCGGCUGAGGAAANAGAGUGGCGAGGUGAUACAUGAGCAAGAGGCUGUGUAUAAUAUUGGAAGAUCGUGGCAUCUUUUGGGCAUCAUGCAUUUGGCGAUUCCAGAGUAUGAAAAGUGUUUGGCGUUGGCUGAUAGAGUCAGAGAGGAAGCCAGAGAGAAGAGAAGACGGCAGGAUAGCGAUGAUGGCGUGGUUGGUGAGGUUGGUGCGGUUGGUGAAAUUGGUCAGGAGGACGAAGAAGAAGACGAAGAAGAAGACGAAGAAGAAGGAGAAGAAACAGACCCUGAAGAGUUUACCCAAGAGGCGGCGUUUGCGUUGAUGCAUAUCCUCGCCAUGAACAGCAACGAAAAGGCGGCGAGGAAGAUUGCGGAAAAGUAUCUCGUCAUGUGA